UCUGGCUUUGGUGGACGCCCGAGGCCUGCCCGCUAUGGCCCAGCUGGAGCUCUUCUCCCACCCCGGGCCCGGCGUCCGCUACCGCGCCGGGCUCUGCUCCACGGCGGCGCUGGGGCUGCUGCUGCUGUGGGCACUCACCUACCUGCCGCCGCUGCUAGUGGCGUAUCGGAGUCAGGGACUUUGGCUGAAGCAAAGUACCUACAUGGAGCAGCCCACAGUACAGUUCCAGUAUGAGGUGCUGCUGGUGGCUAUGACUGGAGCUGACCCAGGCAGCUUCCUGGCUUGGAGCACAUUUCCAGCCUUCAACCACCUCCAGGAAGACCAACUGCGAGUUCCACUCAUCUGGACUAGAGAAGAAGACAAGAAUCAUGAUGGCAAAAUGGACCAAUUACAUUUUAAAUUAGAGCUUCCUCUACAAUCUACAGAACAAGUACUUGCUGUCCAGCUCAUUCUGACUUUCUCCUACCAAUUACAUAGGAUGUCAACAUUUGUGAUGCAGAGCAUGGCUUUUAUCCAGUCGUCCUCCCCUAUUCCAGGGUCCCAGCUUUAUGUGAACGGAGACCUGAAAUUGCACCAGAGGCAGUCACUUAGCCAUUGUGGAGUAGACAUCAGAUACAAUGUAUCUGUGAUCAAUGGCACCAGCCCUUUUGCAAGUGACUACGAUCUCACUAACAUUAUUGCAGCAUAUCAAGAUAGAAAUGUAACAACAGUUCUUUCUGAUUCCAACCCUGUUUGGCUGGUAGGAAGAGCAGCAGAUGCGCCAUUUGUGAUUAAUGCCACUAUCCGUUACCCAGUGGAAGUUAUUUUAUAUCCUUUAGCAGUUCCAGGUUUCUGGGAAAUGAUCAAAUUUGCCUGGAUCCAGUAUGUUAGUAUCCUGCUUAUCUUUCUUUGGGUGUUUGACAGGAUAAAAAUCUUCGUGUUCCAGAAUCAGGUGCUGACCACAAUACCAGUGUUGCCAGUUUCCUCUUAUAAACAGCACCAGUCCUGAGAAAAUACCUGAAAUGACUUUAAAGAGACUUAGGAUAAGAGAGUCUACUUAAUUUUCAUUCUCUUUAGAAUUCUCGUAUUUCUGAAGAUGGGGAACUUCGUAAGUUACAUUCUGGAUCAUGUUCUGUUAAUGCUACAACAGACUAGAGUGUCUGGACAUUUUUAUUUCUUUGUAUUUAGUAGACCUCACGUUGCUGUGAGAGAGCACUGCUUUGGGAUUAUUGUGUGCUCUCACGUUUUUGACAGUUCAAGAAGAAUGUUAUCUUUUGCAAUAUGACUGCAUUUCAAAAGCCAUGCAAGCCAACAUGGCACCUGUUCUGCUGAAAUGUAUACCACCUUUGGCUGAUCAGAAGUGCUUUUAAUUUGGCUAAAAUACACAAUAUAAUAAUUGAAAGCCACAUGGUAACAAUAACUGUGUAAACUACUUGUACUGUCUUAGUUUUGUAUAUAAGGGCACCACUAAUCAGUUCUGAAAACUGAAGUUCUGUCAAGCCUUUAACUGUGUUGAGGAGUGGGAAUGGGAGGGGAGAGAUUUUAAAAGAAUGGGGAAGAGGCAAAGGCACGCUUCCCAAGAGUUUGUGGUUCCACGUAUGCUUUCAUUGACCUGGUACAUGUUCCAAAAUCAUGAACAGGCAACAGUCCUGUCACUUUCUGUGUUGCUCCUUUGUUUUGAGGACAGAAUGUUAACAUGAUGUGAAUUAGGUUUUAUUAAAUGCCAGAUAUUUUGAAAAU